GCAAGAAAGAAACAUUGUUGGUUCAUUCAUUUGGUCACAGUAGUUUUCUUUCUCAUUUUCUAACCAUCAUGAACAUCUCUUUAUGCAUCAUAACACUACUACUGUUGCACUUAGGCUUAUUUUUAGGGGCAAGCUUAGCCUACUCCUCAAGCUUCAACUAUGGUGAUGCUGUUGACAAGAGCUUGAUGUUCUUUGAAGCUCAAAGGUCUGGUAAAUUGCCACCUCAGCAGCGAGUCAAGUGGCGUGGUGAUUCUGGCCUCAAUGAUGGACUUUCACAAGGAGUGGACCUUGUGGGAGGGUACUAUGAUGCUGGGGAUCAUGUGAAGUUUGGGCUGCCAAUGGCAUAUAGUGUGACAAUGCUUGCAUGGGGAGCCAUUGAGUUCAGAAAAGAGAUCACUGACUUGAACCAAAUGGGACACACUUUAUGGGCCAUUAAAUGGGGAACUGAUUACUUCCUCAAAGCACAUCCUCAGCCUAAUGUUCUUUGGGGACAGGUGGGGGAUGGAGCCUCGGAUCACUAUUGCUGGGAGCGUGCUGAAGACAUGACAACUUCAAGAACUGCCUAUAAAGUUGAUGAAGAGCAUCCUGGCUCUGAUAUUGCAGGUGAAACUGCAGCUGCAUUGGCUGCAGCAUCCAUAGCCUUCAAGCCCUACAACUCUUCUUACUCUAAUCUUCUCCUAAUUCAUGCAAAACAGCUCUUCACAUUUGCAGAUAGGUUCAGGGGUCUAUAUGAUGAUUCCAUAACUAGUGCUCAGCAAUUCUACACUUCUUCCGGUUACUCAGAUGAACUAUUAUGGGCUGCAGCAUGGUUGCAUCAAGCAACUGAUGAUGAAUACUACCUAAAGUAUGUAGUGGACAAUGCUGUGUACAUGGGUGGAACUGGCUGGGCAGUGAAGGAGUUCUCUUGGGACAAUAAAUAUGCCGGUGUACAAAUCCUCUUGUCGAAGGUGUUACUAGAAGGAAAGGCUGGUUCAUAUGCCUCUACACUGAAGCAGUACCAAGCCAAGGCAGAUUAUUUUACCUGUGCUUCCUUGCAAAAGAAUGAUGGUUACAAUGUCCAGAAGACUCCAGGUGGUCUAGUAUACGUGCGCGAAUGGAACAACAUGCAGUAUGUUUCUUCUUCUGCAUUUCUCUUGGUUGCUUACUCUAAGUAUCUAUCAGAUGCAAAAACUCAGAUUAAUUGUCCAGAUGGACAAGUUCAGCCUCAGGAGCUCCUCAAUUUUGCAAAAUCACAGGCUGAUUACAUCCUUGGCAAAAACCCUGAGGGUAUGAGCUACUUGGUUGGAUCUGGACCAUAUGGUGCCUUUGUGGGUGGUCCUGAUAAAAAUGAUGAGUUCUCUGAUGACAGAUCAAAUUAUGAACAAACUGAGCCUACACUUUCAGGAUCAGCUCCUCUUGUAGGCAUCUUUGCUAAGCUGCAGAGUUUAUAUGGCAAUUCAGGUUACUACCAUAAGGAAUCAUCAGUGCCCCACCCCAAAACACCAAAUACCACAAGCUCAUGGAAAACAUCAUUGUCUAAAACAUUAGAAGGUGCACCAAUUGAGUUCCUUCACUCAAUUACUAGCUCAUGGACUGUUGGGGCUACAACUUAUUACCGCCACAGAGUGAUCAUCAAGAACACUUCUUUGGAGCCAAUAACAGAUCUCAAGUUGGUGAUUGAGAAUCUCUCAGGAUCUAUAUGGGGUCUAUCUCCAACAAAUGAGAAGAACAUUUAUGAACUUCCACAAUGGCUCAAUGUCUUGAAUCCUGACUCAGAGUGUAUGUUUGUUUAUGUUCAAGAAGGACCACAAGCAAAGAUCAGUGUUCAAAGCUUCCAUUGAUCAUUUUUGGUAGAGAGGAUUGGAAGUAUAAAGUACAUUUGAUAUCCUAAGCGGCCAUAUUAAGGGUUUCUUUUUUCCUUUUUUUUAUACUUGUAAUUUGACUGUUAAACUUCUGCUACUUCCAUGAUUGUAAAUUUUUAAUAUCAACCUGUCAGAUCAUUACCUUACUACUCAAAGUAAAAAAAAAAAAUAUUGAAAUGUAUAGUCUGCUAUUACAAGCAAUCAAUAUAUGAAAACUCAGUUAAAUUUGGUACA